UCGCAACUCUUCACCCUCACGUACAGCGGCGAGGGACAGUGCGAGGCUGCACAACUAAAAUAUAAUUGGCACCCAACUUUAAUACCGAAUCCGCGAGACAAAAAUAUAAAACAACAACAUGAACAAAUGCGAUAUUACGAAGAAGAAGUUCCGGGAGAGCAGCACACGGCUGCAGCAAGAAAGACGAGCGGCGAGGCUAAUACCGGCGAGACCAGCAGGGGCGGGCAUACAGAUCAGGACAGCACCGACUCGCCUCAGACCACCCAUGUGCAGGCUAGCUCUGCUACAAAGAGAAGAGCCGUCGCAACCAGAGGGUCAACAGACAGCCCGACCGCCAGCAAGAACGGCCAUGGCGACCGCUAGAGGCGAACGGAUCCGGAUCGCCCAUGUUCCCCGCAGCCCCCUUGAGGCAGUGGCCGAUAGGAAUGUUCAGGAGCAACAGGUAGAACGGGCAAGGACACCGUCGCCAGACCGGGACAUCCUGGAGCUGCACCCGAAGGACACGGAGGCGCAAGCGGCGGAGGCACAGGCAGAGGGAACGGCAGCAGGCCAUGAGACGGAGGCACGCCCAGACUCACAAGCACCACAAGCGGAGUUGUUCAUGAACGAGAUGGGGUGGAUCUUACCAAGGGAUGCAACGAUGUCGGCCAGGGCGGUCGACGAAAUUAAAGAAAGGUGGAACAGAAGGAGAAAGGGAAAGCAGCAGAGCAUAUUGGUAAAAGACGAGCGAAAGACGUGGAAGGUUAUUUUUGGAAGGGGAACCCGAAUUACUAUAAGACACUUCGUGCCUUCUCAAGAGGGGGGGAGGUGUGACGCUCAGGAGCGCACAGAAUAAACAUAAUAUAUAAGAAUAAACAAAUAAUAAACAUAAGCAGAGGUAAUAGAUUAAGAUAGUAGUAAAAUGCAAGAAGCAAGAAGUUAAGUAGGCAAGAAGCCGAAAUAAAUAUAAGUUAAAACGGAAA